AUAGACACAAGCAGAUGAAAAGGUCACUAUUUGUUUACUUUUUACUUCUAUUCAGGUCAAAAUGUAGAAUGAUUACCUUAGGAAUAACCAGUAUCAUGUGGUGAUAUUCUAAGCUGAUGUAGUUACUGUACGCGUUCAGUUAAUGUGUGAACCAGUGAACGGUAAUUAGAAAACGAUGGGAUCUAAAGGGACCAUAAUAGCGUUAAUUCUCGGUGUUACAGUUGUGUAUUACACAAACCGAAAGACUCCAACAAUGGAACUUAUCUCACUCAACUCCUCGUAUGAUUACAUUAUAUUGGGCGCUGGAUCGGCAGGAUGUGUCCUCGCAAACAGACUGUCGGAAGAUCCGGGGUCAUCGGUGCUUGUUUUAGAAGCUGGAGGUUCCGAGGAUGAAAACGAAAAUAUAAGUGUCCCAAUUGCUUCAGGCCUUCUUCAGUCAUCGAAACAAGACUGGAAUUUUAAAUCCGAACCCCAGAAAAAAGCAUGUUUGGCAAUGCGGAAUAAGCAAUCUUCUUGGCCAAGGGGAAGAGUACUUGGAGGUACAAGUAAUUUGAACUUCAUGCAAUAUGUCCGCGGCAGUCGCCAUGACUACGAUGGCUGGGCCAGAGAGGGAUGUAAAGGAUGGAGCUAUAAAGAUGUUCUUCCGUAUUUCAUUAAAUCUGAAGACAUACAAAUUCCGGAACUUCACAAUUCAGAAUAUCAUGGAAAAGGAGGUUAUUUGUCUGUCAGUGAUGGAACUGCAACUCAGCUAUCUACAGUUUAUUCCAAAGCAAUGGAAGAGUUAGGAUACCGCAUCACAGACUGUAAUGGAAAAUCGCAAAUUGGUUAUUGUCCUUCACAAGAAACGACAAAGAACGGAGAACGUUGGAGCACUGUUAAAGCAUUUCUAAGACCUGUCAUGGGACGCCAAAACCUACACGUCUCCAUUAACUCUCAUGUUACUAAGAUUCUGAUGAAAGAUAAAAAGGCAGUUGGGGUAUCGUUUGUUCGAGACAACAGGAAGUACGUCAUAAUGGCGAACAAGGAGGUGAUUGUCUCAGCAGGUUCAGUGCAGUCACCCCAGAUCCUGAUGUUGUCUGGAAUAGGACCAAAGGAACAUCUUAAAUCCAUGGGUAUCCCAGUGGUUACAGAUCUGCCAGUCGGGGACAAUUUACAGGAUCACAUCAUGACGUUUUUAGAUUUUCACGACAAUACUUCGAGCAUGGCAACCGAAGCCAAACUUUUGUCACCAAUAACUUUAAUAAAAUACUUCGCUUUUAAGUCAGGGAUGUUAAGCAAAACUCAUCUCGAGGGUACAGCAUUUUUCGCCGAGGACAAAAGUCUCCCACCACCGCUUCAGUUCCAUUUCUUCAGCCUUGCGACUGAUCCGGCUCAAGUGGAUAUGUUUUUAGAUAAUUUGAAUAUAGACAAAAAGCUACGAGACGGCAAAAAGAAGGAAUUGAAAAGGAACUUGGAGGGAAAUAGAGGGACAUUUUUUGCUCUUCCAAUUCUUCUUCAUCCCAGGAGUCGAGGGACAAUACGCCUUCAAAGUGAUGAUCCAUUUGAUCCGCCUAUUAUUGAUCCAAACUACCUCGACCACCCAGAUGAUAUCAAAACACUCUUAAAAGGAGUACGAGAGAUACUAAGGCUUGGUGACACUGCAGCGUUUAAGUCAAUUGGUGCCUCGUCAAAGGAUCCAUUGGAGUCAUACACCCCACAAUGUGACGAAAUAAAACCAGAUUCAGACGAGUACUGGAUCUGUAGAAUAAGACAUUUCACUUAUACAGUCUAUCAUCCCACAUCCACAUGUCGAAUGGGAGCCAAAGAUGAUAAAACAGCAGUGGUAGAUCCUGAACUAAGAGUGAGAGGAGUCCAAAACCUUCGAGUCGUCGAUGCUUCCGUCAUGCGCAAUGUGCCCUCCGGAAAUACAAAUGCUCCAACCAUAAUGAUUGCAGAAAAAGCUGCUGAUAUUAUAAGAAAUAUAAACAGUGUGAAAUUCAUCAGAGAAAGAACGGAUAAACUUUGAUUAGUGUUGUACAAUUAGAAAUUUUUUAUUUGUAUUGAUAGGUUAUAAUUGGAGAAAUGUGAUUUAUACUACUUUUUCCCAAUCUUUAAUCUUUUCGUUGUUUCAGAAUUUAGGGUAAUGAUGAUGAUUUGGGUUGCGUGUAUUUGAAUUGGAUAAAUGUUGCGACGUGUG